UAUAACAUCCAUUUCUAGGUUAGGUGGCCAAGACGUCUCGGCGCGCACCGUCAGGACAAGUUUGUUUAUGUCGAGGAGGCCCAGGGCUGCUCCGCCUCCCGCCCUGCCAUAUUUACCAGCCCGCCAUCAACACUUGCAGGAAUACCAUGAAAUGAGGGAGUGGCAUCUCUCCUCUUAGACACAGUGUACAGGAAACAGCCACAACCAUGAAUUCCCUAAAGAGUUUCAUGAAUAAGGUGGGUGAGAGGGUGAGGGAGGCAGGACCCACCAUACCGCCCCAGGGGAAUGGCGAAGGGCCUGACGGAGGUGUUUCCGGGGGGGCAGUGGAGGGGUUCCUAUGCCCAACGUGUUUCCUGAGCUUCCCGACCCCAGAGUCACUGCAGGACCACUACGAGGCUGAGCACAUCGAACCUGCGGCCAACUACCUCUGCCCCGUGUGCAAGGCCAGACUCAACUCGCAGCAGGAACUGGAGAAGCACUACACUACGAUACACAGCAUGAAAGACACCAGCGGCCACAGCUUGGAGGCGCUACGGGAGGAGUUGACGGAGCUCUCCACCAACCUGCGGGAGGAGCGGUGGUACUCGGAGGAGCUCAAGAAGGAGGUGGAGCGCCUGCAGGAGGCCUUUAAGAAGAAGGAUGGAGGGGAGGACAACUUUGUACAUAAGUCACAGUUAGAAGCAGCAGAGGAGUCCAAACGUCUGCUCACCUCGGAGGUCGUGUUGCUCCGGAAACAGCUGGCGGAGUCGAUCGAGGCCAAUGGAACUAUGCGGCAAGAGAAGGACUCGCUGGAAACACGUGCCUCGGAGUUUGCCGUCGAGAGGGCCGAGCUGCGUGCCACCCUGGAUACCCUGCAGGCCGAGAAGGUUGGGCUUGAGUCUGAGCUGCAUGAGAUCAGGUCAACGCGGGCCAGUCAGAACAGCCAGGAGCAGACUGAGAGCCAUCAGUUGAUUCAGGAGGUCACUAGACUACAGGACCAGCUGGCCACCCGGGAGAAGGAGGGUGCUUCUGUCAAGGUGUUGGAGGAUAGGUUUCGGAAGGAGCUGCAGAGCCUGAGGGGGAAGCUGAUCGAGAGGGAGAUUGAGGCGGGCAGCUUUCAGGCGCGUGAGACCACCCUGCACAGCGACCUCAAGUCCAAGUCCGAGCUCGCGGCGUCGCUCAAGGAGGAGAUUCGCAACCUGAAGGACGAGGUGGACAUCCUGAAGAAGAGGCUGCAGGGCAAGGAUGAGGAGGCGGCACAACUCCACAGUCAGCUUGAGGACCGUGAGGCCGUGCUGUCGGGGAGCAGCCAGCAAACCGAGGAACUGCGGGCCAAGUGUGCCAACUACAUGGAGAGCAUCCAGGCCAUGGAGGCACAGGUGUCGGAGUUGAGCCAGAAGUACACGGCUACUCAGUCCGAGCUGGAGGGCUUCAAGGAGCAAGUACCGUCACUGCAGACCAGGCUAAAGGAGGCCGAGGAACACAAGAACAAGCUUACCAGGGACUUGAGUGAGAAGACCGGUGAACUGGAGAGUCUACGCGAGAAGGUGAACGACGCCUCCAAGGAAGAGAGUGAGGUGCUGCAGAAGAAGACAGAGCAGGUGGAGGAGCUGAGGAAGAGUCUGAGGGAGGUGGAGCACGCACGGAACACGGCAGAGAGCGCCCUCGCCUCCAAGAACGAGACCAUUGAACAGCUCAACAACAAGCUCACCAACUCUGGCAACUCCCUCAAGGACACAGCUGCCAAGAUUGCCGCCCUGGAGACUGGUUUGAGGGAGAAGGACAAGGUGGCGGAUGGCCUGAAGAGGCAGCUGAAGGAUAUGGAGGCCCUCAAGACAGAGCUGGUCAAGGAGAAGGCGCUGGUGAAGGACAGGGACACGGAGAUUCAGAGCCUCAAGGGGAAGGUGACGGAGAUGGAGAGCAAGAUAAUAGUGGGUGAGAGGGCUUUGCAGGAUACCAAGGAGGCUCUUGCCGGCACCAGGACAUCCCAGGAGGCUCUCAGGAUCGAGCUGGAGACAGUGAAGGACUUGCUGAAGAAGAAAUCCCACAGUGCUGAGGAGUUACAGACGAAACUUGAACUGGAGGUCACAGAGAAGAAGGACUUGAAAACGAAACUCACCAAUGCACUCCUCGCAGCGGAGAGCACCAAGGACGAGGUGGAGAAGCUGAAGACCCAAAACAGUACCCUGGAGACAGAGCUCAAGGCCAACCAAGCCAAGAAUACCAGCCUGGAUGCCGAGCUGAAGCGUCUUGCCACAGAGAAGAGUCAGUUACAGGAGUCCCUGAGUGCACUGGAGGCUGCCAAGACCCAGGCGGAGGCAGCAGCUAAGGAACAGGAGGCCCGGAGCAGUGAGGAGCUGGCGGCGCUGAAGGGGAGGUGUGAGGGGCUGGAGAAGGAGAAGAAGGCGUUUGCGCAACAAGUGGCAACCGUCACGUCAGAGAAGGAGUCCGUCGAGAAGUCCAGAGACCUGACGGCGCAUGAACUGAAGACUGCCAAGGGGGAUCUGCAGGAGGCGAAGGCCCGGUGCAAGGAGCUGGGGGGACAGGUCAUCAGCUUCCAGAAAGACACAUUCACCCUCACCCAGGAGAAAGCCAAGCUGGAGGAGGACAAGAGGGACCUCCAGGACAAGCUCAGUGACGAGGUGUCCAUGCGCGAGGCCUUGACGGGGCAGCACGCGGCUCAGUUGGCGGCAGAACGACAGGAGCGUGACGAGGCCCAGACAAGGCUACAGACAUUGGAGGAGAUGCUCGCCCGGACGCAGCAGGAGCACGACCAGCUCACCAAGGCGCAGCUGGAGGAGAUCACUAGCUUGACGCAGCAGCUCGAGGUUCAGCAGGAGAAGGCUGUGGAGGCGGAGGGCCGCGUGGCCACCCUGGAGGCUGAGGUGACGGGCCUGGCCGGGGACAAGCUGGAGCUGCAGAUGCGGGUGGAUGCAUCAGCAGAGGAGCAGCAGGGGUUGGUGGAGCGCUGUCUGGCUGCUGAGUCCGAGGUGGAGCGGCUACAGGGACAAUUGACACAGCUGAGGCGCAAACUGGACGACUCUGUGGCUGCCCUGCAUGAGCUUGGGCGCGAGAACCAGAACUUGCAGAUGGAGACGAGGAAGCUGUCUGAGCGCAAGUGGGCUGAUGACUCUGAGGUGGUGAGUUGCAACAGUUGUUCUAAAGGGUUCUCAGUGACGGUGCGGCGCCACCACUGCCGAAAUUGUGGACAGAUAUUCUGCCACGACUGCUCCAGCAAACAAGCGCCGCUGGAGGCCAACAAGAAGUCUGUGAGGGUCUGUGAUAGCUGCUACGGCGAACUGACAGCCAAGUUGUAGAGGUGGUUGUAAAUACGUCUCCUGGUUGGUUGCAUUUCUUGGUUGUUGAAUGUUUCUACACGGCAGGUCUGUCAGUGGCUAAACACCAUUCCGAAAGUACUAUUUAUAUCAAGGAAAAUAUUUACUUUGGAAAAUUGAAUUGAGGUCUAUAAAUGAACUUGUUGAAAUAGAGAAUGUUUACCAAUCUUUAUUUUGACUAAGAUUUUUUUAUGCUAUUUAUACCUCCAGAUGUGUUUUCCUUGAUAUGAUGAGCACUGGGUGGAAGGUCGUGCUCAGGCUGGUAGACUCGCCUUUACUGGAGUGCUUUAAACGGGCCAGAAGAAAGUUGUGUGACUCUUGCAGCUAAAAUUACACUACAAGACUCAUAAUUUUUUAUCAGCUGAUUUUCAUAUAAUUUACCUUGAGAUUCACGGAUAGGGAAAAGAAUUUAUAUGAGGGAUUUAAGUUAAUCAUAUGUGGACUUAUCGUGGAAGUUUGCCAGUGCAUUCAUCAACACACAUUCACCACAGCAAGAGGCCACAGGUGUUAGGGACUCUACUCCCUUGGCUGAUCCUGUGCCAAACCCUGGGAGCAGAUCUGACUCAUAUCUCCCUUGUUGUUGUUUUUAAUCUUUCUCUUGCAGUUGUCCACAUCACAAAUACAGUCACCUCUUGAUUAACACAAGGGUUACGUUCCUGGAGAUGUUGUGUUAUUUAAAAUUGUGUUAUUUAAACAUAAUUUCCCCAUAAGAAACAAUAGUAAUAGGGGGGUUAUGUUCCUGGACACUGGGAAAGUCUGCCUAUUUUGGGGAUUUUGACACUCUAACCUUAAAAAACUUAAAAAACACAUUAUUAAUACAUUAAUAGGUCACGGAUACAACAAAAACACAUGUUCCUCUCAAAUGCGUGACGCCGCAGCACGAGUUGCCAACUCGGACCGCCCGCUGCAGCCUGGUUUGGAGGUGCGUUUGAGAGAGCGACUCGGGUCGCCCCGUGCGCCCAGACCACCCGGACCCCGCUAUCAAAUGGUUUUGUGCGCCUCUCAGUUGUGCCUCGUUGUUGCUAUGGUAACGGCAUCUCCUGGCAGCAAAAUAGCGUCCGCUGAUCUUCCUGAGGACAUUUACUAGCUGUUCUGGAAGUAAAAUGGCGUCUGCUGAUCUUCAUGACGACGUUUAAACAUGCAUCACAAGCUGUUCUGGCCGACGAGCUCCUUGCAACAGAGAAUGAGAAGGAAGCUGCAGUGGUUAUGGUAGUGCAGAGAGGUGAAAUGGGCCGCCAUAUUUGCUGAUGACAUCAUCACAGCAUGGAGGCGCUCCACCUCUCCAAACUGGGAGCCCGUGGACGUCCCGAGUUGGCAACUCGUGCUGCAGCGUCAUGCGUUUGACAGCACCCGGGACGUCCCAGGCGCCCCGAGUCGCUCUCUCAAAUGCACCCCAGAAGUAGCGUGGGUGCGCAUGAUGUCAUCGAUUAAACGUGCAUUAAAUUGAAAAUAUUGUGUUAGUUAAUCGUAUCUCCUUAAAUACAAACUCGUGUUAAAUCAAAAACGUCUUGUUUAAACUCGUGUUAAUCAAGAGGUGACUGUAUAAGUCAUGGGGUGUGUUCUCCUUUGUACACACCACUUCAUUCAGUAUUCUUGUCAGGGAGACUAUGUAUAACUCUGGAAAAUUUAAUCAAGGGGUAGACUGAAUAUGGAGGAGGAGGGGAAAGGAAGCACAGGUGCCUAAAGGUGUGUGUCCCUGACUAGUUUUGCUUAAGGCUUCUUUAGGGGAACUGAGGUGGCUCAGGUAUCAUCCUGAUACACAAAAGGACACAUGAGAUGCCCCACUCUUUGCUCAGAGGUCCAGUUGCAGUGCCAACCGUCUGGCCUCCAACGCAAAGGCAGCAGUCCCAUUGGUCACAAGAGGGGUGCUUGCUGAAGUGGGAAAGUGCAACAGCACUGAAAAGGGACCUUCAUGGAGGCCUUUUACAUCGCCACAAACCUCAACGCUAACAUGUGAUCUGGGGAUGUGAUGUGGUAAGUUGAUAGUGAGGGUGUGUGCAGCAAUGGAGCAAUGAGACCCAGGGUGAAAGUGACUGUGCUGCCUUACCAUCAGUGUCCAGACAGUUGACUCUUGCUGGUGACCUGAUCUCUGAGGAGGGAGUGGGGCUUCCCAUGUGACCUGAUAUGUAGAUGGAUGAUACUUGAACCACAUCAGUUCCCCUGAAGAAGUCUAAAGUGAAUCUAGUCAGGGACUUACUUGCCUCAAUACAUCUGUUUCCUUUCUCCUCCUCCAACUUGUUGAAAAACGCCCUUAGACUAAAAAUACUGGCGAAAUAUAGAUUGGUAAAUGUUGAUUUGACUGAAAUUUAUUUUUCAUACAGCAACUCAGUUUUCUAGAGUAUUUUUUCCUGAUAUGAGCACCAACUGGGAUGGUGGGUACGUAGUGGCAAACACAUCCACACUAUUAUACCAGGUGACUUGUGAGUUACUCCACAGAGAAGUGAGUUACUUUGGAUGUGUUCACAAGAGUAUCUUCUUGUGACAGCAAAUGCAUGAAAUCUGUUGAUGCAUAGGGUAUGCUAUUUUGUAAACACCCUAGUGAUUAGUUCUCAUUAAAAAUAUAUUUUGGAAAUCAGGUCAGUUAUGAAAAUUAACCAUUGUCAAAAUAAAAUGUGUUUAUUAACCUUUAUUUUGACUAAUAAAUUUUCAUGAGCUUUAUUUGAGUACUAAUUGAAAGGGUGUCUACACAAUGGUAACCAUACCUCUUAAGAAGUGGUGCUGCUGCUGGUCCUCAGUGACCUUGCUUCACUGCGGAGCCUCUUGCCAUCACCUGCACUUCAUAGGCUACUUGUACAGUGAAACAUAAAUCCAACAUAAUUGUUUAUUGCAAAAAUAUGCUCUUCCUAUGUACAUUAAUUCACAAAAGGAGUAUUUUUGGGUUUGUAUGGUGAGUGUCCAAGUGAUGGAGUAGUAUGGAAGAGUUUACAUAAGGAAGAGAAUAUUGUUGAGGAAUUGUGCGUUAUGACGAUUACGGUUUGGUGAAUGACGACGACUCAAUGUUUAGUUGCCUUGCCUCAGCCAGUGUCAGGUGUCUUGUGGCUGCCGCGGUUCACUUGGUCACUCGAGUUUACAAAUCUACUUUAAUAUUACCUGUAAAACUGCCACUAAUCUUGCCAAUGCUAAUUUAAUGCCUGCAUUACACACUAUGAUUCUCUUUCAUGUCCUACCACAUAUUGUCAGAUUCCUUUUCCCGCCAUAUCAGCCAGCCCGCCUCCGGCUCCUUCAAAACACAGUCCACCUUUCCACUCAGCAAUGUGGAUUAAGGUAUAUUCUUCACCUGUAUGCACCAUUUCAAUUAACACUCAUACAAGGAAAAAUACUUUGGAAAAUGAGCUGUGGUGUAAAAAUGAACUACAGUAAACCCU